AUGACGGGAACAGUGGUGUUGGCAAAGAAGAAUAGUCCAGUCAUCAUGGUAGAGCUUGUUGGGAAGAGGAGUCUGGUUGCCAAUGCCAUGCUUGUAAGGGAUGGGAGUGAAGAGAUUGGAGGAGAUUUGAGAGAUGAGAACUUAAGGAAGGUUCAGACUGGGUCCACCCCAUUCACUGCCUCGUCAGCUCCACAGCCCCACCGCUCCACUUCUCUAUUUCUGCGCCUCCCGGAGCGUCACCCAUGGCCUCGCCGUCUUCUGCCUCCCGAACGCCUCCCUCUCCGCGGUCCGCCGCCGCCGACGCGGCCGAGCAAAGUCCUCAAACCGCGCAACUUCAGCCUCGAUGAAGACUAUUUCAAGGCGCUUGACGAGAAGCACAUUAGAUAUGAUGCUGAAUUCUCUCGGCAUUUGAUGGCCAAAUACUUUUCUGGAAAGGCCUUUGAUGGAGCCUGUUUAGCUAAUCUGGUGCCAGCUAGACUGUUCUCAGACAAAAUGAUCAGUGUAAACAAAGAUGACAGUCCCAACCCCCUAGGGAAAGUGUAUGACCAAGAAACAAUUAUCGAAAAUGAGACUAUAAAGUCGAGCAGGUAUCCUUUUACAAGUUCAUUUGCAGAUCCUGUUCGACAUUAUGAAGAAGAGAAUCGGUCCGUAUCGCCUGCAGAAGAAAACAUCAAGUGCACCGGGCAAGAACAUCCAUCUAAGAAGAGCUCUUAAUGUUCUUGCAUCCGGGACCUGGAAUGGUUAGAGGAGUAGGCUGUUCACUCUGGAAGCAGCUAUGAUCAUCUUUCUGAAGGAAGAAUACUUGAAUCCUUGAAUAGCGAAACUAAAGAAAAUAAAGUUUUUAUACUUGUUGCUUUACAUGGGUUCUGUAUACCAAUGACUAGAUGCCAUAUGUCAGUUUUAACAUCUCAUGAAGUGAAUUUACUUGGGUCAUAAUCUCAGUUAAAACUUAACAGGGAUGCUUUCUAAUCUUUGAUUUCA